GACCAGGAUCAUCAGGAAUGACAAUUCCAUUAGGAAUAGAAUUUAAUGACCUAGAAAUAACAUUACUUGCAGAACAAGUAAAACGAAUGACAGUUGCAGUGGAAUAUGAAAUUGAAAAAGUCACAAAUAGAAAAAUAUCAGAAGCCGAAACAGCAGAAGAUAAAAAAGCUUAUCUAUAUAAAACAAUAUUCACAUUAACAGAAACAAAGGAUGCUAUUCUUUGGAAGAAUAGGGAACUAAUAAAAGACUUAGAAGAAGAAUAUAAAUAUGCAACUAACCAAGCACUAACCUUGGAUAAAAAAGACUUUGAAGCAAUGGAGGAAUAUGAACAACGAAUUCUAAUAAAAAGAUUCGCUAGACAAAUAGAAUUAUGCGAAAAAUGGAUAAAUAAACAAGACAAAAACCAAUAUUCAAAAAUACCAGAGCAAACAAUAUCAAGAACUACAACAAAACCAAGUUUACCAACAUUACCAACCUUUUUUGAUAAAGCAAAAGAAAUGGUACAGGGCACUUUAA